GAGAUGGAUGGAUGGAUGGAUGGAUGGUGAGGAUAGAGAUGGAUGGAUGGACGGGUGGAUGUUGAGGAUACAGAUGGGUGGAUGGAUGGUGAGGAUAGAGAUGGAUGAUGGAUGGGUGGAUGAUGGAUGGAUGGAUGGAUGUAUGAUGGAUAGAUAUUCUUCAUAUUUGGAGCCCCAAUAUUCCGUAACUUGGUUUAUUCCAAAGCAUGCGUGUGUCUUCUUGUGUCCUGCAGACAUCAGUGAGGAUCUCCUCAUCUCCUCAUCUCCUCAUCUCCUCAUCUCCUCCCUGAGCAACAAGUGAGCAGGAGGAGCCACCGGUCAGUUCGUCCUCUCAGCUGUCGAGUUUGUUCGAGGAGCAGCUCUUUAGAUGGCGGCUCCAUUUCACCACUUGGUUCAGGCCGUAAUGACACCUCCAGGCCUGAGGGAGGCGCUGGUGCGCUACAAUGUUCCGGCUAUGUAGGGUAACUAGUGGUACCGGAAGUAGUGCAUUAAAAAGCCUCACAGGAUCGAAGUCCGUGUCAAUUCCUUCGUUUUUAGGUUUUUAGUGUGCUUUUGUGUGUCGUGGAACAAACUACACGAUAGUAGUUUUUUUUUACUCCAGGAUAAACUAAUCUCAGUUUGAAGCUUCUCGGUCUAGCUUAGCUUGCAAGCUGCUAACAAAGACGAACGUUCUCAAUGCCUACUGCGCAUGCGUCUGUCGUCAUUUAGCGCUACUGUUUUAGCAACGACGAGGUUUCCAAAAAGUUAGCAAGGCGGCGAGGUUGUUCCCACGCUGGUUCCCUUUUAUCACCUCGGUUUUCUACUUUGUUGGCUACUGCUAAGAAUAACAAUCGUCUAUUCGUCACCGUGAAGCUUCUCGGGCUGGCUUAGCUUGUUAGCUGCUAACAAAGACGAGUAAGAGAUCGAGUGUGUGAAAGGAUGGCGGAGUACCAGGAGGUGCUUCGUCCGACAAAAGAGGAGAACGAAGGAGAACGUCGACGACUGGACGCAUUUGUCAGGAAGCAGCGAGCAGAUGUCAGAGCGGAGGAUCUUCCCCCCGAAUGGCCCCCCCAUGUUAAAGAGGAAGGGGAGGAGCCAGGACCCCCCCACAUGAAGGAGGAAGAAGAGCAGCCACAGCCUCUUUAUAUCAAUAGGGGAGAGAUGGCGUCCCGGCCCCCCCACGUUAAAGAGGAAGAAGAGGAGCCCCGGCCCCCCCACAUUAAAGAGGAAGAGGAGGAGCACAGCAUCAGCCAGGAGGGAGAGCAUCCGGAAGGACCGGAGGAGUUCCCAGUGAUCGGUGUCAUUGUGAAGAGUGAAGAUGAUGAAGAUGAUGAAGACGACGGUGAAGGUGAGGAGAAGAGAGAGGCGGAGCCUCCAACAGAAGCUGAUGGAGACCACUGUGGAGGAUCACCAGCAGAGAAGCUCUUAGCUCCACUAUCAGAUAGUGAGCACACGACGUCACACUCUCCUGACACUGAUGAUGAUGAUGAUGAAGACUCUACAGCUGAUAUGACAUGUCACCCUGACAACACACGCUUGAAAUGCCACCACUGUGACAAGAGCUUCCUUCACCGCUGCAGUCUGAAGCGACACAUGCGGAGCCACACGGGAGAGAAACCGUUUGCAUGCUCAGAUUGCGGUAAAAGAUUCUCUCGGAAUUCCGAUUUGACAAUCCACACGAGGACGCACACCGGAGAGCAGCCGUUUUCGUGUUCGGUUUGCGGUUUAGGAUUCGUGCGAAGUCAGCAUUUGAAGAUCCACAUGACGAUCCACACCGGAGAGAAACCGUUCACCUGUUCCAUCUGCGGUGCCGGUUUCGUACGAAACGGAGAUUUGACAACACACAUGAGGAGACACACCGGAGAGAAACCGUUCUGCUGCACCAUCUGCGGCGUGGGUUUCGUACGCAGUGACAUUUUGAAGACGCACAUGAGGAGACACAAUGGAGAGAAACCUUUCUCCUGUUCGGUGUGCGGCAUGGGUUUCGUACGGAGUCACACUUUGAAGACACACAUGAGGCGACACACCGGAGAGAAACCCUUCUCCUGUUCGGUGUGCGGUAAGAGCUUCGUGGAAGGCCAAUACUUGAACAGACACAUGAGAAAGCACACGGACGAGAACUUGUACUCCUGUUCCGUCUGCAAAAAAAGCUAUUCGGAGCAGUCGGCGCUGGUGAGACACACGAGGAUCCACACGGGGGAGAAGGUGUGGAGUUGCGGAGCGUGCCAGGAAAGGUUCUCUUACAAGUACCAGCUCAACAACCACACGUGUGGCGGCCAGAGCGGCGGCGGCGGCGGAUGAAGCCGCACCGCUCCACGUACACCUGAAGAACCUUCUAACGUCAUCACCACGCGCCGUGUCACGCGGUCGCCAUCUUGUAGUGUGUCACAUGAUCUUGUUCAUGGCUUCUCCCAUUUCCCUGCAAUAAAGGUCGGUGACGGAAUGCCUGAACAUCUUUUCUGACCGAACCACGUUUGGAAGACACACCAGAACUCACACUGGGGAGAAGGUGUUCAGUUGCAGCGUGCGCGCUCGAACCUUCUCCUACCAGCGCCACAGUCACGAGUGUGCUGACCCAUGAAGCCGCAGGACUUCACACAUCGUGACUUUGUCUGACAACGUCAAGGAGAACGUGUGACGUCAUUGUUGCGAGGGUAACACUUGUUCAUCUGAUUCACCCUUUCACU